AUGCCCCACGGCCCUGAGGCGCUUGGCCAGGGCGAGGCCCGGAGCACGCGCGCCCUGCGCCAUGCGGCCGCUGAGCUCGGCCGCUUCGACCACAGCCUCACCAGGCAGCAGCAGCAGAAGCAGCGCGCGGAGGCGGAGGUCCAGCGGCCGGGGGCGCCCGGGGCGUCCGCCACCCCGCCGGGGCCAGUGUCUGUAUUUGUGCUGAAAGUCCAGGUGAAUGACAUCAUCAGUCGUCAGUACCUGAGUCAAGCAGUUGUAGAAGUACUUGUAAACUACACGAAGACAAAUUCCACGGUGACUAAGAGCAAUGGCGCAGUGUUGAUAAAAGUAUCCUACAAGUUAGGACUCGGCUUAACCAUUAUUGCUUAUAAAGACGGCUACGUGUUGACCUCACUGCCAUGGAGGACUGCAAGAAUGCCCAUAUAUUCAUCAGUUACACUUUCACUGUUCCCGCAAAGCCAAGCAAAUAUAUGGCUAUUUGAAGACACUGUUUUGAUUUCUGGGAAAUUAGCUGAUGCCAAAUCUCAACCAAGUGUUCAGUUUUCAAAAGCUUUAAUUAAACUUCCGGACAACCAUCACAUUAGUAAUGUCACUGGCUACCUUACAGUGCUGCAGCAGUUUCUGAAAGUGAACAAUUUUCAGUAUACAACCAGAAUCACUCUCAAUAAUCCAGGUUUUGAAAACACUGAAUUGACUCCUCUCGCUGCGAUAUGUGUGAAAAUAUAUUCUGGAGGAAAAGAAUUAAAAGUGGGUGGUUCCGCCCAAGUAUCUCUCCCUCUUCUGAGCGCGAAUCAUCUAAGUGCCGGGGAUCGCAUUCCUGCUUGGACGUUCGACAUGAACACGAGUGCUUGGGUGAAUUCUGGCCGAGGAGUGAUCAAAGAACAUAAUAAUCAUUUAAUUUGGACUUAUGAUGCCCCACAUUUGGGCUACUGGGUUGCAGCUCCACUUCCAGGAACUAGAGGUUCAGGUAUAAGUGAAGAUUCCAAGGACAUAACAGCCUACCACACAGUGUUUCUUACAGCCAUAUUAGGAGGAACAAUAGUCAUCAUCAUUGGAUUUUUUGCUGUACUCCUUUGUUAUUGCAGGGACAAGUGUGGUACUCCACCAAAAAGAGAAAGAAAUAUCACUAAACUCGAAGUCCUCAAGAGAGACCGGACAACUUCAACAACACACAUUAAUCACAUUAUAGUCAAAGUUGCAUUAAAGUCUGAGGACAAGUCACAGUUAUUCAAUGCCCAUAACUCCUCAUACAGCCCUCAAAAGAAGGAGCUAUCAAAAGGAGAACCAGAAGAAAGAGUUUCCAUGGUAAAAACUUGGGAUAAUUUUAAAAUCUACAAUGAAGAUGUUUCAUUUCUACCAGUCAGUCCAAAUAGUUACUCAAGAAGACCAACACAGUCUUUGGAGCCCAAUAUGGGGACCAAACAACCUAAGCACAUCAACAGCAACCUGUCUUCCUCAUUAGGGGACGCUCUUGAGGAGAAGCGGUAUUUCACAGGGAAUGAGGAGAGGUAUGGGUGUUCCCAGAUUCCAGAGCAGCUCAUGCAUAUCUACAGCCAGCCCAUUGCCAUCCUUCAAACAUCUGACCUUUUCUCCACUCCAGAGCAAUUACAUACUGUGAAGUCAGCUACUCUGCCAAGAAAAGGACAGUUAGUCUAUGGCCAACUGAUGGAGCCAGUGAACAGAGAGAACUUUACACAGACACUGCCCAAAAUGCCAAUGCAUUCUCACACCCAGCCCCCAGAUGCCAGGGAGGAGGACAUCGUCCUGGAAGGUCAGCAGAGCUUGCCAUCCCAGACUUCAGAUUGGAGCCGGUAUUCCAACAGCUUACUGGAAUCCGUCUCUGUUCCCAGGACACUGAAUGAAGCCAUUGUAAUGACUCCAUUUUCAUCAGAACUUCAAGGAAUUUCAGAACAGACCCUCCUGGAGCUGUCCAAAGGAAAGCCUUCCCCUCACCCCAGAGCUUGGUUUGUGUCUCUUGAUGGAAAGCCAGUCACACAGGUGAGGCACUCCUUCAUAGACCUGAAAAAGGGCAAGAGAACCCAGAACAAUGACACAAGUCUAGACUCUGGGGUGGACAUGAAUGAGCAUCACUCAACCCUGAAGCUUGAGAGGGAGAAAACAUUCAUCAAAAGCAUGCAUCAGCCCAAGAUCCUGUACUUAGAAGAUUUAGACCUGAGCAGCAGCGAGAGUGGGACCACUGUCUGUUCUCUGGAGGACCCCGUUUUAAGGCACGUCUUGAAAGGAGGGAGCAGAGUUAUCAUGGAGCAACCCGAGGAAGAGUCCCCUGGAAGAAAAAGCACUGUUGAAGAUUUUGAAGCCAAUACUUCCCCCACGAGAAAGAGGGCCAGACCACCCCUAGCCAAAAGAGACAGCAAGACUAACAUCUGGAAGAAGCUAGAGGAACGUCCACUGAUCUCCAUGAAUUAG